AUGGCAGAUUUCGAGUCCUCUACAUUCGAAUUUGCUCGCUCAGACGGAAUCACUGCCGAUGCAGCCAAUAUUCAUCCACACGAUGUUGACAGAUUAUUUCCGCUGGACGAUGUCUCCCACUGGGCGGAGGCGAAGAACAAUCAAAUUGAGCGCAAUGCGGCUGAUUUUGAGAAUUCGCUGGAAAGCGCUUACAGACCCAUCACCGAUCGCCACGAGAUACGGGUAUUGAAACUCCUUCCGGGCGACUUCGACGACCAGCUGCAGGGCACUCUACACCACUGCUCGGUCGAGUUCGAGUUCGACGUCGAGUCCGAUUCAAGGCCAUAUGAUCAACGCUACUUCCGCACAAGACAUGCGCUUUCCAUGGAGGACCUAACGCAACCUAUUUGGUAUACCGCACUGAGCUACACAUGGGGUGAUCCCAAUCCCGACACGGAUUGUUUCAUUGAAUGCGAUGGCUUCGAGCUCAGGAUUACGCAUUCAUUGGACGUAGCACUUCGGCAUUUUCGGCAAACCGAUCACUCAAUAAACAUGUGGAUUGAUCAAAUCUGCAUCGACCAGAGCAACCAGAGAGAGAAAGAGCUGCAGAUCCCCCUCAUGUCAAAAAUCUACAGAUACGCCAUCAAUACGGUUGUGUGGCUUGGUGAAGCCAGCGAAGGAUCAGACAAUGCCGUUGAGCUGCUCAAGUUCAUUGGCACCGCCUUCCAGCUGACGGUUGAUGCUCCGGCACCCGAAGAUUUCGAGAGGCUACUACUACCCAGCCCACAAGAUCCUCUAUGGAAACAUCUUUGGGACUUGUCAAACAGAGCAUGGUUCAAUCGGCUCUGGAUCGUCCAAGAAUGCAUACUUUCGGACAACCUGUGGGUCAUGUGCGGCAGCACGACCAUCAUCUGGGAAGAGCUUACCAACGGCUUUGCUAAUCUCAUACAGAGCGAGCUCGCGAACUGGCUUCAGAGCGAGCACGGGACAGCAGCACCAGACGGGCAAACAACAGGAUGGGAAGCCGUGUACGUGCUGAGCGAAGAGCGGGUGCACUACCAUCAAGCCUGGAGAAGCAUUUCUCUCUCCCUCUUCAACGUUCUGGCACGCACUCGCAACACACAAGCUUCUGAUCCCCGAGACAAGAUCUAUGGCCUUCUCGGUAUAUGCCAUGCCCCUGGCAUUGAAGUCAACUACGACCCCAGCAAUACCAUGGCAGAUGUCUACCACGCGGCCACGCUCACCUACCUGAGAGGUGACACGGAGCACUUACUCCCGAACCUCUGCUGCGUCGACCACGACGAGUCCUCGAGCGCCGGCCUCCUCCCCUCGUGGGUUCCGGACUGGAGCCGGAGCCAACAAACCAGCCCGCUCGGCUUCUCCACCAGCUCCGGCGCCAUCUACCACGCCGGCGGCAUCAACGCGAAGGCCUCCUUCUCCACCCGCGGCCCCGGCGACCGCGAGCUGCUCGUCCCCGGCAAAACCUUCGACGCGAUCGCGCGCGUCAGCGACGUCUGCACCACCCCGGACAUCUUCUGCGACGACCCGCAAUCCGCAAACGCCCACUUCCUCCCCUGGAUCGAGCUCGCCCAGCAGCAAUGCGCCGGCCACCACCACCCUUACCCUAGCGGACUCUUCGACGCCUUCUGGCACACGCUCGUCGCAGGCGCCGACGGCGAAGGCAUCCGGAAGAGCCCGGCUUCCGCCUUCGCCGAGAUCUUCAGCCUGCUCCUCGACGCGACGACGGGCCAGGAACCCACUUUCCCGGACCAAACGUACUCGGCGCGGCAGCGGCGGCCGCGGGGGAGCAAGGGGAGGCUGGAGUUGGCGAACCUGCGGGGGCGCAGGGCGCCGGGGAGGACGUAUCAGGAGGUGCGCCACGCGCUGCGGCGGGCCGUGAGGAACAGGCGGCUGUGCAUGACGGAGAAGGGGUAUCUCGGGCUCGUUCCGAGACAGGCGGGGCCAGGGGAUCGGGUGUGUGUGUUGGUGGGGUGCCAUGUGCCUUUUGUUGUGAGGAGGGAACAGGAGGAGGAGGAGGAGGAGGAGGAGGAGGAGGAGGAGGAAACGGACGGGCUGGAGCAGAGGUUUCGGCUGGUGGGGGAGUGCUACGUGCAUGGGGUGAUGGACGGGGAGGUGAUGGAGGAUCAGGAGGUCUCGUGUGCGCCGAUUGUGUUGGUUUAA